GAAGUGCUAUGGAUAAUCCACAGAAAGAUGAACAAAUGGAUAAUCCACAUGAUGAUGAAGCAAUAGCAGGAAUUAAAAAGGAACUGCAAACCAAUGGAUGCGCUGCAGCCGCUGCAAUGAUCCAGACUUAUUUUGACGAACAGGAUAAUGUUCAGCUAAAUAUUGGGAUCACAGGAGAGUCUGGUUCUGGUAAAUCCUCCUUUGUUAAUGCCUUUAGAGGCAUACCCAACAGUGAUAAGGAAAGAGCCGCUCCUACUGGUGUUACAGAAACCACCACAGAUCCUACACCAUACCCCCAUCCAAAUCAUCCCAAUGUUACACUUUGGGAUCUUCCUGGUAUCGGCACCACCAAGUUUCCAGCUGACGAGUACCUGAAGAAGGUUGAAUUCGAAAGGUAUGACUUCUUCAUCAUCAUCUCAGCUGAUCGCUUCAGAGAAAAUGAUGUGAAGCUCGCUCAGGAGAUUCAGAAGAUGAAGAAGAAGUUCUACUUUGUUCGCUCAAAGAUUGACCACAACAUACGUGAUGAAGAAGAAACUCAGGGGUCAGAGUUCAACGAAGAAGAGACCCUUAAAGAAAUAAGGGAGGACUGUAUUCAAGGUCUUGAAGGACGUGUUGAGUCUCCACAAGUCUUCCUGGUGUCCAGCCGUAAACUCCACCUGUAUGACUUCCCUCUGUUAGAGAAAACCUUACAGGAAGAACUUCCUGCACACAAGAGGAAUGCUCUGUUGUUGGCCUUGCCCAAUGUCAGUCUUGAAAUAAUCAUAAAGAAGAAAGAAGCUUUACAGGCAGGAAUAAAGUACCGUGCCACCAUGUCUGCACUCGGAGCAGCUGCACCAGUUCCUGGGCUCUCUUUUUCUGUUGAUAUGAUCAUGAUGGUUACUAUCAUUAGACAGUACCAAGCUACCUUUGGUCUUGAUAGCGCGUCACUGCAGCGUCUUGCUCAGACUGUAGGUCUGCCUCUGGAUGAGCUUAGAGCAGUGAUGACAUCACCACUGGCUGGAAACGAAAUAAACAAAGAUCUUAUCAUUAAGGUACUGAGCUCUUCUGUGGUUGACCUUUCAUUAACAGCAGCAGAGGAAGGGUCUAGAUUUAUUCCAUUUUUUGGAAUCCCAGCAGCAAUGGCCCUCUCUUUUGUCUCCACAUACACAACUCUCAACAUGUUCCUCAACAUGCUUGCUGACGAUGCACAGAAGGUAUUUAAAAAGGCCCUGGGUUUGGACACCACAGUGUGAUGUCAUAGAUAGAUUGAUCUUUAUUGUCAUUGUGCUCAAAGUAUAAUGACAAUAUGUUUACCAGCUCUUCAGUAGAUUUAGUAAUAGUGACAAGGUUUUUGGUGGUGAGGUAGCAGCAUAAGGGGUUGUUAGUGCAACAACAUUAGGCAAUGUUUCAGUCUUUGGCAUUAUGGGGAAGACAGUUGCAUUAUGGGAUCAUUAGGUGAUCAUUUCAAACUUAGUCUGUAAAGCUAAGCCAACACUUUGAUCAAAUGAUGAUGCUGACAGUCUAAAUACUGAAUGUUAAUCUGAAUGAAAUGAAGGCUUUUGAAAAAUCAAUUAAAAUGUUCAUUGACAUUA